AUGGCAAAGGUUCAUCCCAAGAGCGAGAAGAAUCCGCCAUCAGAAGCGGAUGGUGAGGUGUUUGUGCUAACGGUUUGGAACAAGUCUCUGAUGUUCAACUGCAACGGCUUCACGGUGUUUGACUCCAAAGGAGAUCUGGUUUUCCGAGUGGAUAACUAUAUGCACGGUAAUAGAGGCCAGGUCCUUCUCAUGGACGGCUCUGCCAAGCCUCUCCUUACCAUCCGCCGCAAGAUAUAG